AUGUGGGAAGAUGACGACCAUUUAUGCCGACUUUUGGCGGACAGCUUAGCAAACACAGUUGGUUUUUUGCCAGUUCAAAGGUUAAACAGGCGAGUGGAUGAUAUUUUAUCUGACAUUCAUUAUCAUGGAAGAAACGUGGAGGUUGUGAAGACAGGGAGUUGGGCUGAAGGAUUCCGCAUGCGUGGAACAGACGUUGAUAGGAUGUAUAUUGAUAAAACUGCGAUGGCAUCAGAAACUCCGGAAAAAAUACCAAACAAAUUUUGUGCUAUCAAAAUCGAAAAGUACACAGAUAUCCAAAGGGGAUACGCAAAAUUGAUAUUACUAACCCCUGACAAAGCUGAACAACAUUUGCAACUCGCAGUGGUACGUGAAGCUGGAUCCUUGUACGUAUCAAGUAAAGUGUACAUAGAAUCUUAUGUGGGUGAUAACCAGGAAACACAUGGACCCUGUGUAAGAAGAGUGGCGCAACAUGGAACAGAGCAAGAUGACGCACACUGUCUAAGCUGUCCACAUUGGCCAUCGGAUGCAAUGGAAUGGUACCACAGAAGAAGACAAAAUGGAUGGCCAGAGCUUCACUUGUUGAGGGACAUAUACAAUAAAGGAUGUCAUGUGGUACCUAUUGGUCGUAAAUUCAUUGACAGAAAUGGACUUUGGUGUUUUGACCCCAUGACGUGGCGAUUUUCAUUUUCAGUCGCAGAAAAACGAUUGGUUUAUACAUUUAACGAUACACAGUUUCUGGUUUAUGGCAUUUUCAAACUGUUAGUCAAAGAGGCAUUUCGAGAGACCCGAAACGUUUUAUGUUCGUAUUUCAUGAAAACGCUUUUGUUUUGGUGUAUUGAAGAAACACCAAAAGAAUGUUGGAGACAGGAACGUUUAGUUUCCUGUAUAGAAAUCUGCUUCAAACGACUGAUUUUGUGGGUUUCAAAUGGAUAUUGUCCUAACUAUUUUGUCAGGGAAAACAACAUGUUUCUUGGCAAGUUAGACGAAGUGGAACGCGAAUCUCUUUUUAUUCAUUUGUCAGAACUUUAUGGAGAGGGUUGGAGGUGCCUUUUGACUUGUCCAUCCUUGCAUGACUUGAAAGAAGCUUUGCAGAAAAGAAGACUACAUAUUCUAGAGGCCACCUUUGAUUCUUAUGGCAUUGAUCCGGACGAGGAUUUUAGAGGAUUAAGUUUACAGAGAAGGAAUGAUUCUAGUACAUCUAAGGAAGAUAUCGAAGACAGAGCAUUCUUUUCCCAAUUAGAAUCCGUAGUAAAGGGUCAUCCAAACUUCAGAAGUCUUGAAAAAGAGUUUUUCAAUGCAGUUGCCCUGUUACUUGGAAAGGAAAUACAACUUAAUACCUUAAUGCACGAUACCGUGACACUGUACAUGUAUAAAACUUUACAACAUAUAGCUAUGAUAUUUUAUUAUAAAGCAAUGAAUGACACUAGUAGAUGUGCACGUUUCCGGUACAGACAAAUCAGACGGGCACUUGACUUGAUGAAAUUCACAGACUCAGCAGAUAUAAGUAGAGGACGGCUAACUUUAGCAACAGCUUUUUACUGUAUGGGAUACUACCGCGAUGCUUUGAAAAUGAUCCGUCAAUAUGAAGUUUUUCUAGAUGAUUAUCAAGGUGUUCUUUAUAUAAGUUCGAGGUUUCCAGAUGAUAUAGGAGAAGAAUACAUUGUCAAUUUCUGUAAUAGUAAUUUUUCAAGAAUUAAAAAGGCCUCAAUUGGCGUUUCGUACGAUUUUGAAGUGUUUCGAACGAUGCCGAUUUAUCCCAAGGAAAUAGCGUUUGAAAUUCUUCUCAUGAAAGAUUCCUCUGCAUUUAUUUCCUUUCCUCCACGUCCAUACUCCAUAUUCCUGAAGGCAUUGUGUUUUUCUAAGAGAAAUGACAUGUAUAAUGUAAAAAUUCUUAUGGAAGAACUGCAGAGUAUUCUUCUAUUGACCAACGAUGGUGCGAUGCAUCUCAUUUACACAAUGAUAGCAAUAUUAGAAACUAAAUUAGAUCGAUUUGACAACGCUUAUCGAAAUUUUUAUUUGGCAUACUGGCAUAAGAAAUAUUUAACAUGGAGACAAGAACAUUGUUUUGAAUGGGAUUCCUUACAGUCACCUCUGUUGCACGUGGCUGUAAUGGUGAGACUCUUGAUUUAA